AUUAGACUGACUUCUUCUAAUUUUCAAGUUCUAAUAAAGGCUAAAAGUUGAGACCAAUUUGUAAUAAUUUUGCCCAAACCCAAAGCCAUCCGUUAAUUGCUCAUCCCAAACCAUUUCCAAUAUAUAUAAAAAAGGUCAAUACCCUUUCCUUAAUUUCUUGCCAUUGAAGAUUAACAAAGGGGGAUCCAGGGAGGAAGGAUUGCUGAAGGAAGAACAACAAAUGGGGUUGCUAACCCAAAGAAUCAAUAAGGAGAGUCUCAAACCAGGUGAUCAUAUUUACUGUUGGAGGGUUGGUUUUGUCUAUGCUGAUCAUGGCAUCUAUAUAGGAGAUGACAAAGUCAUUGAUUUAUUGAGAUGCUGUUCAGAAGGAAGAGGAACAUUGCCGAAUCUUCUUCCCUUGAAGAAAUCAAGGCUAGCACAAUCUCAGCAUUCCCGCCCUUCCUGCACUCAAACAAAAAGUGACGGGAUCAUCUGCUCAUGCCUCAACUGCUUCAUAGUUGGUGGAGUCGUGCACCGGUAUGAAUAUGGUGUUAAUGCUGCUGCCUUUAUUGUGAAAGUACGCAGUGGAACAUGUACACGGGCAGUCUCAGACUCUGCUGAUGUAGUUGUUCAUCGAGCAAAGUACUUGCUUGAACAUGCAACCGCUAGCUAUAAACUAUUCAUGAACAACAGUGAACAAUUUGCCAUCUAUUGUAAAACUGGGGUGGCCGUUGUAGGCUAUGGAACACCAGUGCUAAAAGGCCAAGCUGCGUCUAUACCGAGUUUAUUAAUAGCUGCUUGGUUGUCUGCACCUUUACGUUCAAGCAAAGCCAAUGAACUUUGUAUUGCUGCAACAUUAUUUGGACUCUAUAGCAGUCUCAGAUUUAUUUUAGACAUCAGGGGUAAUCAGGACAAACUGAAGGUGGUUGUGGAGGAUAUGGUAGGUAACUAGAGAAAUCUCAAGUGGAGGUUGGUGCUGCAAUAGUGAAAGAUCUCACAAAUGACAAUGAAGCUCGGGACCAGGCUUUGCUCCAGGGCAUUAAACCGGGUUAUGGUUUGAAACUUUGUUUCCUAUGAUACUUUCAGAUGGUAUUACUCAGUUGCUAUAUGGUAAUUAAUUGUUUUCUUUUAUCCAUCACUGUACAUUGUUUUAUGUUUUUUGUAUAUUUUUUGGUUGAAUCUUCAAUAACUUGGCAAUUUGGCUUUACAAAAGAUGCUUCUUUGAGUUCCUUA